ACGUGUGCACGUGCGCCAUUUAUAGUGAAUCAGUAAAAGCUAACAUUUCUAACUCUAAUGUUCUUUGUUGGCCAACUCCUGUUAAAGAGAAUCCAACCAUUCACAGUAUGGUUUGGAAAAUAAGCAACUAACACGCAUGCUUGAAGAAUUGACACAACAGUGCAGAACUUGAAUGCAAUUCUGCUAUAAAAACCAUGACUCAAUUCUAUAUGUUGCAGAAGUAGAAGGUUGAAAAAACAAAUAUGCCAAUGUCAAGGCUGGUUUUUGCUGCUUGUAUCUUCUCUAUGGCAGCAAUUGCUCUAGCAGCUGCUCCUGUAACAUACAUAUUUGGUGACUCCUUGACAGAUGUUGGGAACAAUAAUUUUCUGCAAUAUUCUUUAGCCAAAUCUAAUUAUCCUUGGUAUGGAAUUGACUAUAGUGGUGGUCAAGCUACUGGAAGAUUCUGCAAUGGGAGGACUAUUGGUGAUUUCAUAUCUGCAAAACUUGGUAUUCCAUCACCUCCAGCUUAUCUGUCGGUGACUCAAAAUGUUGAUACCUUACUCAAAGGAGUAAACUAUGCAUCAGGUGGGGCAGGAAUUUUGAAUGAUACAGGACUUUACUUUAUUCAGAGGUUAUCUUUGGAUGAUCAAAUCAACAAUUUCAAGAAAACAAAAGAAGUAAUCACAGCAAACAUAAGAGAGGUGGCUGCCAACAAGCACUUCAAUGAGGCCACAUACUUCAUUGGGAUUGGCAGCAAUGAUUACGUCAACAAUUUCUUGCAACCCUUCUUGCCAGAUGGCCAACAAUACACUCAUGAAGAGUUCAUCGAGCUCUUAAUCUCAACCUUAGAUCAACAACUUCAGAAUCUUUAUCAACUGGGAGCGCGAAAAAUAGUUUUCCAUGGCUUAGGUCCACUCGGUUGUAUUCCAUCACAAAGGGUCAAAUCCAAACGUGGCCAAUGUCUAAAGCGAGUCAAUGAAUGGAUCCUGCAAUUCAACUCAAAUGUACAGAAGCUGAUCAACAGACUUAAUCUUCGUCUUCCAAAUGCAAAGUUCAUUUUCGCAGAUACUUACCCGUUAGUUCUUGACUUGAUCAAUAAUCCCUCUACUUACGGUUUUAAGGUUUCAAACACGUCAUGUUGCAACGUAGACACGAGUAUUGGAGGUUUGUGCUUGCCAAACUCAAAGGUCUGCAGAAACCGCCAUGAGUUUGUAUUUUGGGAUGCCUUCCAUCCUUCAGAUGCAGCCAAUGCUGUUCUUGCAGAAAAGUUUUUCUCCCUUCUCUUCACAUCAGUUAAGUCUACAGCACCAACUCCUUCUCCAACACCCUAAAUUUUCUCCAAUCCAUUGAACUGUAGCACCAUAUAAAUAUACUUACGUUGUAACACUAUAAGACCGAUAUGAGGUUCGCUGUAGCAAUACAGCUUACUAUUUCAACAUACAGAAGAAUUCUAACGCAAAAUACAGAGAAACAAUAUGUAAUACUUUCUAUCUGGACUUCAUUUGUAUCCUUACAUUCAAAUUGGUAAAUCUAGUUUAAAAUUUCAAAAUCAUGUGAAAUUAUUUGGUUACUUCUAAAAUUUAAAACUUAAUAUUCAGGAAUGAUAUUUUAUUAUCUAGAAAAUAAAUAAAUAAAUAACUAUUUUUAUAUAUUUUUUAAACUUAAAGGACAAAGUUCUUCAAUUAAAGAUUUUGAAGACCAAAAUCAAAUUGGAUAAAUGGUAAACAAUAGCCACCAUGAAACAAAUCAACAACUGAAAAUUACGAAUCAAAAACUAAAUUGAAUGACAUACAGA